AUGGGCACUGUGACAGAUUCGGAACUGAUGCAUAAAGGUCUGAAUACCGGCGAUAAUAAUGAGCGCUUGUUCGAAGGUCCACUGCAUCUAUCUGGUGCCCUAGAAAAAUACACAUCUUUUGAUGUAACCCCGAUUAUUAUUGGCAGGGAGUUCCCAGAUGCUUCCCUUAGAGACUUGAUAGAGACACCCGACUCCGACACGUUUCUUAGAGAUCUAGCAAUUAUGAUAUCUCAACGAGGGGUAGUCUUCUUCCGCAAACAGAACGACUUGACUGACGAGCUCCAAAAGUUCCUAGUCCAGCGACUGCGAGAGUUGACUAGCAAACCGAAGACAUCUAAACUGCACAUCCAUCCACUAUUCUACUCUGCACUGCCAAUGGGUGGGGAUGACGACAAAUUAAAUAUCAUAAGCACCGCGCAGGAUCAAAUGGUCUUCAAAUCGAAAAGGUUUGUCAAGAGACAGAGUGCCCGCCAGGAAUGGCACACGGACAUACUCCAUGAAAUAUUUCCCAGUGAUUAUUCCUUGUUGCGCCUCGUGGAAUUGCCCAAAGGUGGAGGUGGAGACACUCUGUGGGCCUCUGGUUACGAAAUUUACGAUCGCAUCUCAAAACCAUAUCAGCGAUUCCUUGAGACUUUGACUGCCACUUGCACCCAGCCGAGCUACAAAAAUCUUGCAAAAAAAAUGAACUAUCAACUGUACACCGAACCUCGAGGGUCUCCAGAGAACACCGAAUCCACAGCGGCUCAUCCGGUAAUCCGUACAAACCCCGUGGCAGGCUGGAAGAGCCUAUUCACCGCAGGGCGACACGUAAAGCGGAUUAAUGACUUGGAACCGACCGAGAGCGAGAAUCUUCUGCGGUGGUUUAUGGACUCAAUGACGGGCAACCAUGAUCUGCAGGUACGAAAUAGGUGGCAGAGUCCGAACGAUGUUGCCAUUUGGGACAACCGAUCUGUCUUUCAUACGGGUACUCAGAAUAUUGAUAUCGAUGGCGAACGAGUAGGUCAUAGGGCCUCAGGGAUCGGUGAACGUCCGUACUUGGACCCGGCGAGCUCUAGUCGACGAGAAGCUCUUGGCCUACUUUAA